CAGCGCCAAAAAGUACCGAGAGGCACUGGUCCUGUCACAGCUUAUCUUCACUCUUCACCGUUAAUUCGACCAUGAAGGACGAAUGACACAUCGUAGACCUUGACCAGUCACAUGGCUGAACUGACCGGAGGCGAUACAUGUUCACUCCAACUUUGUUUCCCGAGUUUGAUUGGAAUAUGUGAACGCCAGCAGGAUGAAGGCAGCGGUGUGGCGUUUUCUCCUCCUGUACGUGUGUGAGCGCAUGCAAACCGUGUCCGUGGCCGGGGUCCAAGGCUCAGCAGUUACCCCAAUGGACACAACAGCUUCCACAUGCUCUGCUCCGGUUACCCCCACGGACGACGAGACCACUGGACUGGUGGUGAGGAAAAAUGCAGAGGUGUAUAGGCCUAUAGGGAUGUUUGUAUUAUUUAUCCAGAAUGGAUUAUUUAUUUCAGCAAGUUGUCAUUUACGAUGGCCUCUAAAGUGAAAAUAGUAAAAAUUGUGAAUAGUUAAUAGAGAAAAUAGUGAAUACCAAUCCAAAACCAAAGGUGUUACAUCAUAUGCCUUUAUCUGAUUUUGUCUAAUUUGUUUUUUCACUUGACACAGAGUUACCUUGAUGAGCAAGCUUCUAUAACUGGGCUCACAUGCAUAUGGACCUGUACCUUCACAGGAUUGGUCUAUCGAGUUAAACACUUUAUGUAGACACUUUAAGGGGCUGUCGAGUCAACCCCUGCUUUUUACUUAUCUGAUUUUCACUUAACCUGUGAUUUCUCUUUACCCACUCAAAACUACCACUUCUGCUAUUAAUGACAUUGUCAUAUUGAACCCACGUCUCUGUAGUUUACAUCUGAGUCCUACCUAUAUUGACUGUAAGUCGCUUUGGAUAAAAGCGUCUGCUAAAUGACAUAUUAUUAUUAUUAUUAUUAUAUGAUGCUUCUCAAUGCAAUACUUCGGUGUCUUGUCCCAGGAUUGGCUGACGAGGUAUGGCUACCUCCCGCCCUCGGACCCCUCCACUGGACAGCUACAGGUCUGGACAGCUGUCACUCAUGCUGUUAGCACCAUGCAAAGGUUUGCAGGCCUAGAGGAGACAGGAGUUGCAGGUGAGAAAAGAGAAAGAGGGUUGGGGAAAUUAGGGUGAUUGUAUCCAUUCUCUGUGAUUCUCUCUCUCCUUCUCUCUCUCUCAAUUCAAUUCCAUUUUUUCAAUUUAAGGGCUUUAUUGGCAUGGGAAACGUAUGUUAACAUUGCCAAAGCAAGUGAAGUAGAUAGCAAACAAAAGUGAAAUAAACAAUAUAUAUUAACAGUAAACAUUACACUCAGAAGUUCCAAAUGAAUAAAGACAUUUCAAAUGUCAUAUUAUGUAUAUAUACAGUGUUGUAACAAUGUGCAAAUAGUUAAAGUACAAAUGGGAAAAUAAAUAAACAUAAAUAUGGGUUGUAUUUACAAUGGUGUUUGUUCUUCACUGGUUGCCCUUUUCUUGUGGCAACAGGUCACAAAUCUUGCAGCUGUGAUGCACACUGUGGUAUUUCACCCAGAAGAUAAGGGAGUUUAUCAAAAUUGGGUUUGUUUUCUAAUUCUUUGUGGAUCGCUGUAAUCUGAGGGAAAUAUGUGUCUCUAAUAUGGUCAUACAUUUGGCAGGAGGUUAGGAAGUGCAGCUCAGUUUCCACCUCAUUUUGUGGGCAGUGUGCACAUAGCCUGUUUUCUCUUGAGAGCCAGGUCUGCCUACGGCGGCCUUUCUCAAUAGCAAGGCUAUGCUCACUGAGUCUGUACAUAGUCAAAGCUUUCCUUAAGUUUGGGUCAGUCACAGUGGUCAGGUAUUCUGCCACUGUGUACUUUCUGUUUAGGGCCAAAUAGCAUUCUAGUUUGCUCUGUUUUUUUUUUUUUCUCAUGAUUUGGUUGGGUCUAAUUGUGCUGUUGCUGUUGUUGUUGUGUUGUUCUCUCUCUCUCUCUCUCUCUCUCUCUCUCCUCUCUCUCUCUCUCUCUCUCUCUCUCUCUCUCUCUGUCUCGCUCUCGCUGUCCUCAUGUCUAAGAUGAGGAGACGCUGGCUCUGAUGCGAGCCCCGCGAUGUUCACUGCCAGACAAAGGGGAGGAGCCCAAACCACUGGCCAAUCAGCUCCAGGAGGGGCAGGGCCUGAGGAGAAAGAGGGCUGUGACCACAUGGACACGAAGGAACAUCAACUGGAGGUUCAUUAGACUUCUGCUCAUCAUCCCUCCAACAUACCCUCUUAUUCAUCAACUUAUCACUCAAUAGAACUUUUGUGAAACAUCACAGUACAGUUGAAAAAUAUAUGGCAAAUAGAAAUCCAAUAUGGAUGGUGUUAAGAGAUAGAUGGGAGGUGUUGAAUGGAGUUGAAGGAUGGGACUAAUAAUAACUAACAACAACUAAUAACAAAAAGAUAACUAAUGUAAAGCAUACUGUGUCCAUAAUAAGUAUAUAGGUUAUAGGUUGAGAGCUUUUGUGAAAGAGCACAGUUAGAAAGAUAUUUACAUUUACAUCAUUUAGCAGACGCUCUUAUCCAAAGCGACUUACAAAUUGGUGCAUUCAACAUAUGAUAGCCAGUGGGAAAACCAUAAAAAAAAUAAAUUGUAUUGGGGUGUGGGUGAGUAGAAGGAUUACUUUAUACUAUUCCAGGUAUUCCUUAAAGAGGUAGGGUUUCAAGUGUCUCCGGAAGGUGGUCAGUGACUCUGCUGUCCUGGCGUCGUGGGGGAGCUUGUUCCACCAUUGGGGUGCCAGAGCAGCAAAUAGCUUUGACUGGGCUGAGCGGGAACUGUGCUUCCGAAGAGGUAGGGGAGCUAGCAGGCCAGAGGUGGAUAAACGUAGUGCCCUCGUUUGGGUGUAGGGUCUGAUCAGAGCCUGAAGGUAUGGAGGUGCCGUUCCCCUCACAGCUCCGUAGGCAUGCACCAUGGUCUUGUAGUAGAUGCAAGCCUCAACUGGAAGCCAGUGGAGUGUACGGAGGAGCGGGGUGACAUGAGAGAACUUGGGAAGGUCGAACACCAGAUGGGCUGCAGCGUUCUGGACAAGUUGUAGGGGUUUAAUGGCACAGGCAGGGAGCCCAGCCAACAGCGAGUUGCAGUAAUCCAGACGGGAGAUGACAAGUGCCUGGAUUAGGACCUGUGCCGCUUUCUGUGUAAGGUAGGGUCGUACUCUGCGAAUGUUGUAGAGCAUGAACCUGCAGGAUCGGGUCACCGCUUUGAUCUUAGCGGAGAACGACAGGGUGUUGUCCAGGGUCACGCCAGACAUGCAGAGAUGCGAUUCGCCACCUGGUUAUCAGAAGGGGGAAAGGAGAAAAUGAAUUUUGUGUUGUCUGCGAAGCAAUGAUAGGAGAGACCAUGUGAGGAUAUGACAGAGCCAAGUGACUUGGUGUAUAGAGAGAAUAGGAGAGGGCCUAGAACUGAGCCCUGGGGGACACCAGUGGUGAGAGCAUGUGGGGCGGAGACAGAUUCUCGCCACACCACCUGGUAGGAGUGACCUGUCAGGUAGGACGCAAUCUAAGUGAGCAGCGCCGGAGAUGCCCAACUCGGAGAGGGUGGAGAGGAGGAUCAGAUGGUUCACAGUAGAUAUGGCAUAUAGAAGCAAACCGGAUGGACAUCAUGAAAAUGAUCGGAGAGGUUGAGGGUAGAGGAAGUUCAGGAGUAAAAACAAACAAAAUAUAAUUAUUGUAAAAUUGACUGUGUCCAUAAAAUGUAUAUAGUAUGUAUAAGCUGGAAGUAGAGGCCUAAGCCUUGUUGUUCACUAGUUUACUCCAAUUAGGGAAGGGGUGGUGGGGUUGGAAAGUAAUGAAGGGAAAUAUAUAUUUUUAAAGGAUAUGUAUAUAUGUAUGUAUAUAUACAUAUGUAUGUGUACAGUUGAAGUCGGAAGUUUACACACACCUUAGCCCAAUACAUUUAAACUCAGUUUUUCACAAUUCCUGACAUUUAAUCCUAGUCAAAAUUCCCUGUCUUAGGUCAGUUAGGAUCACCACUUUAUUUUAAGAAUGUGAAAUAUGUCAGAAUAAUAGUAGAGAGAAUGAUUUAUUUCAGCUUUUAUUUAUUUCAUCACAUUCCCAGUGGGUCAGAAGUUUGCAUACACUCAAUUAGUAUUUGGUAGCAUUGCCUUUAAAUUGUUUAACUUGGGUCAAACAUUUUGGGUAGCCUUCCACAAGCUUCCCACAAUAAGUUGGGUGAAUUUUGGCCCAUUCCUCCUGACAGAGCUGGUGUAACUGAGUCAGGUUUGUAGGCCUCCUUGCUCGCACACGCUUUUUCAGUUCUGGCCACAAAUGUUCUAUAGGAUUGAUGUCAGGGCUUUGUGAUGGCCACUCCAAUACCUUGACUUUGUUGUCCUUAAGCCAUUUUGCCACAACUUUGGAAGUAUGCUUGGGGUCAUUGUCCAUUUGGAAGACCCAUUUGGGACCAAGAUUUAACUUCCUGACGGAUGACUUGAGAUGCUGCUUCAAUAUAUCCACAUAAUUUUCCUUCCUCAUGAUGCCAUCUAUUUUGUGAAGUGCACCAGUCCCUCCUGCAGCAAAGCACCCCCACAGCAUGAUGCUGCCACCCCCGUGCUUCACGGUUGGGAUGGUGUUCUUCGGCUUGCAAGCAAUCCCCUUUUUCCUCCAAACAUGACGAUGGUCAUUAUGGCCAAACAGUUCUAUUUUUGUUUCAUCAGACCAGAGGACAUUUCUCCAAAAAGUACGAUCUUUGUCCCCAUGUGCAGUUGCAAACCGUAGUCUGGCUUUUUUAUGGCGGUUUUGGAGCAGUGGCUUCUUCCUUGCUGAGCGGCCUUUCAGGUUAUGUCGAUAUAGGACUCGUUUUACUGUGGAUAUAGAUACUUUUGUACCUGUUUCCAAGGAUGAACCAGACUUGUGGAGAUCUACAAUUUUCUGAGGUCUUGGCGGAUUUCUUUAGAUUUUCCCAUGAUGUCAAGCAAAGAGGCACUGAGUUUGAAGGUAGGCCUUGAAAUACAUCCACAGGUACACCUCCAAUUGACUCAAAUGAUGUCAAUUAGCCUAUCAGAAGCUUCGAAAGCCAUGACAUUUUCUGGAAUUUUCCAAGCUGUUUAAAGGCACAGUCAACUUAGUGUAUGUAAACUUCUGACCCACUGGAAUUGUGAUACAGCGAAUUAUAAGUGAAAUAUUCUGUCUGUAAACAAUUGUUGGAAAAAUUACUUGUGUCAUGCACAAAGUAGAUGUCUUAACCGACUUGCCAAAACUAUAGUUUGUUAACAAGACAUUUGUGGAGUGGUUGAAAAACGAGUUUUAAUGACUCCAACCUAAGUGUAUGUAAACUUCCGACUUCAACUAUAUAUGCAUGUCUGUGUAUGUAUAUAUAUAUAUAUAUAUAUAUAUAUAUAUAUAUAUAUAUAUAUAUAUAUAUAUAUAUAUAUAUAUCUAUAUAUAUAUAUAUAUAUCUAUAUAUACAUAUUUGCGAGAAAAAAAACAUAUGGGGGAUUAGAGGUGAUGCAGACAAUUACAUUGAUGGAAGUUACAAUCUAUCUGCAAUAUUAAAGCUGAUCUACCCCCUAAAAAAAAAACGUAUCACUCAAUUGUCAAUUUAUCUCUAAUUCGUUAUCCCUACAGCUCUCUCAUCCUCCCUAGAGCUCCCUAGUAAUGCAUAUAUCAUUCUCUCUCUCUCUCUCUCUCUCUCUCUCUCUCUCUCUCUCUCUCUCUCCCUCGCUCUCUUUCUUUCUCUCAAAUAAAUGUCCCUAGGUUGCGUUCAUACCCCACCUCCUCCUCCCUCUCCCGUGAGACUAUUCGCUCCCUGGUGUUCUACGCCCUGAGGGUGUGGGCGGAGCCAACCCCGCUGGAGUUCCACGAGGUCAGUCUCUUUCCCUAGACGUUCCUUUUUGUAAUAGUUGAUUACAAAGAUUACCCCUCACGCUCUUUCUUUCUUUCUUUCUUUCUUUCUUUCUUUUCAUUUUCUUGGCUUGAGGAGGUUCUUUCUUUCUUUCUUUCUUUCUUUCUUUCUUUCUUUCUUUCUUUCUCUCUCUCCCCUUCUGACUUCACUUCCUGUUUCUCCCGUUGCCAGGUGGGAGGCCCAGAAGGGGCGGAUCUGCAGGUGGACUUCCACCACGGUUUCCAUGGUGACGGCUACCCCUUCGAUGGUGCAGGAGGAACUGUUGGCCACGCCUUCUUCCCCUCUGACCUCGCCAGAGCGGGCGGAGUACACCUGGAUGCCGAGGAGGAGUGGGUGUUCCGCCAGCCAGGUGAGUGACAGCCAGAAGACCCAGAGACAGCAAAAAUAGGUACUGGGGGAUUCAAGAGCCCAAUACCAAACCAAACACUAGCCCUUACCCCUAGGAACUUCUUGUAGAACUGAAAGUUAAGGGCAAGUAUUUGCAUUAGUGUGAUAGCUCCGUGCAGCCCUCUGGUAAGCUAGGUAUAAUUUAUGGUCGACUCUCCACUGUUUAAUCAUCCUGAGGUUUACAAUAGUAAGGGGUUCAAUUUGGAGAAUAUUAUGGACACAGUCAAGACACUGCUAACAUUCCCCCUAAACUGAAACUCUACACCUCCCCACCCCCACAACCAUUGCCCCUCCCCAGCCUCUGAGGGAACAGACCUGUUCACCGUGCUGGUGCAUGAAUUUGGCCACGCCCUGGGUUUGUCCCACUCAUCUGCCAGGCGCUCUGUGAUGAGACCUUACUUCCAGGGCCCCGUAGGAGACCCUCUACAUUACCGCCUGGGCCCGCACGACCUGGAGCUCAUCACCAGGCUCUAUGGUCAGUCUGUGUGUGUGUGUGUGUUUAUUAUUACUUGUCCACUUAGUGUGGGUGUGUGUGUCCUCCUGUUUGUGUACUGAAUUCUGAAAGGAAGGUGUUGUGUUGGCAGGUAAUAGAAAUCACCUCAUGGUCACAGACGUUCCUCGGUUGUCUCCUGAACCUCAGCUGCAGUAUCGUGACAGACAUGGACAUCGACACAGACACAGGUACUGACACACUACAGACACAGGUACUGACAGGUUAACAAAAGUGGAUAAGGGACAGCCACUCAACCAAUAACUAUCUCCCCAAUCCCUCCCUCCCUCCCUCCCCUCCCUCCCUCCCUCCCUCCCUCCCUCCCUCCCUCCCUCCCUCCCUCCCUCCCUCUCCUCCUCUCUGUUGCUCUCUCCUUUUCUUUCAGCCAUUCUGUAGACCGCUGUAACACUAGCUUUGAUGCAGUGGCCAAGAUUAGGGGAGAGACGUUCUUCUUUAAAGGUGAGUGUGGUGUAGGUUGGCUCCCUAUCGGUUGGGUACUGCUUUGACUAUUUCCCCUAGGCAUGAUCGCCCCCUGGUGGAUGUAUCCACAACUGCAGGACUGUGUAUUGAACUCCUCUCUGUCUCACCUCACCUCUCUUUAUCUGUAUCUGUCCUUCACCCAAUACUCCCCUCUCUAUUACUACCCUGACUAUCCUGCCUUAUGCCUCUCUACCCCCCCCCCCCCCCCCCCUCCCCCUCUGGCAGGGCUGAGUAUGUGGAGGGUCAGUACUGGGGGGCUGGUGUCGGGCCGGGGGGCCUCGGUGAGGAGGCUGUGGAGGGGGCUACCACCUAACCUGCCCCCUCUGCAGGCUGUGUUGGAGAGACACUCGGACCACGCCAUCAUCUUCAUCACUGGUUGGUAACCUCUGACCCCAGUCACCCCACACAAUAUGAGGUUGGAAUAAUGCUUUGAAAGCUGUUUGAAAAGCUGUCUGAAAUUUCUGCCUGUUUUGGUGGGAUGGAGUUUUGGCCUGCCUGGUGACAUCAUCAUGUGGUAAAUUAGUUAAUAGACCAAUAAGAAAGAGAGUUCCAAACCACUCUGCCAAUAACAGCUAAUUUUCAGUUUUCCCCCCCCACUCCCAGACAGAAAUUGCUCUUUGCUACGAAGCUAUUUUUGUUUAUUUUUGACCAUUUCAAUUUAAAACAAUCACAUUAAGGUACUUAAUUGUUACAGAGAAAUUAUUUGAUAUUGAGAUAAAAAUGGCUGCAUUGGGCCUUUAACAACAGAGGAGAAUUAGUGCUGUUCAACAGACUAAACUAUGUUCUUGAUUCUAGUUUCUCUCUCCACCCGUAUUCAUAUACCCUUAUGAAUGAAUUAUAAACCAGACCACAAUCUUGAGGACACUCUUCAUUGCCUCUUUCCGUUUUGUUUUGUAGAGUCCCAGUUUUGGCUGUUCAAGGGCCUCUCUCUCCAUGAGGACUACCCCCGCCCCUUGUCAGCCCUGAGGAAAUGGGGAGAGACAGAAGGAAAGGGAGGAGGAGAGGAAGGAGAGGGGGAGCAGGGCCUGCUGUGGGAUCCAGAGGAAGGACCAGUGUGGGGGGAGAUUGGAGAGGGGGGAGCAGGAGGAGGAGAGGAAGAAGAGAGUGACGCCUGGGCUGAACUUAUCAGAGGAGGAGUGAAUGGGAUUACCACUGAGAGAGACGGUGAGAGAGAGAGGGAGAAAGAGAGAAAGUGUGUAAGAGAGAAAGUGAGUGAGAGAGCGAUGAAUGAGGAGAACAGCCUGUGAGUGACAAUGUGAAAGAUUAUAUGUGUGUGAGACACCUCACAUAAUGUACAAUACAUGUGUGAGUGUAUUUAUAUCAACAUAGAUUAAGCCCCCUCCUAUAUCACGUCCACAGGCUCUGUGUAUCUCUUCAAAGGAGAUUCCUAUUGGAAGUUCUCCUACCCAGGCUCUGCCCCGGAGGCAGGAUAUCCUCGAUCCCUGGCCACCGAUUGGUUGGACUGCCCUCACCCCUCAGCACCUGUCCAAGACAACUUUUCUCUCUCUCUGCCUACCCCUACUGGACGGCAGGAGUUCCGCGAGAGGGGGAGAGAAGAGAGGGGAGGCCAGAGGAAGGGCCAGGGCCUGGACAGACACAGAGACAUAGACAGAGAGGGACUGCAGCACUUGCCCUGCACUUGCCUGAAUGGAGCAACAAGAGGCAGCGUGAGCGUGACAUCAUUCAUAAGUGCCCUGCUGUUGACUCUCCUUCCCCUGAUAACU